CCUCGCGCCCCCCGCAGUGGGAGAACCAGAUCUCGGGCAACGCGUUCUUCACAGAGACCCCUCAUGACAUGACCGCCCGGGCUGGUGAGGAUGUGGAGAUGGCUUGUUCCUUCCGUGGCAGUGGCUCCCCUUCCUACUCACUCGAGAUCCAGUGGUGGUACGUGCGCACUCACCGGGACUGGACAGAUAAGCAGAACUGGGCUUCCAACCAGCUAAAAGCAUCUCCGCAGGAAGAACCCGGGAAGGACGCAACAAAAAUAAGCGUGGUGAAAGUGGUCGGCAGCAACAUCUCCCACAAGCUGCGCCUCUCCCGGGUGAAGCCGACCGACGAAGGCACCUACGAGUGCCGGGUGAUCGACUUCAGCGACAGCAAAGCUCGCCACCACAAAGUGAAGGCCUUCCUCCGGGUCGAAGCCGAGGAGGAGGCCGCGGAGCCCCACCGCCACAGCGGCCCCGCCGGGCGCCUGCAGGACACCCAGCUCUCCGGCCACAGCAAAGCGAGCGGCUCCCCAGCGCACCCCCAGCGCCAGCACCACAAGCCCGGCAAGGAGCUGAAGAAGCGCUCCCUGGACGCGGACGCUGCGUGCGCCCUCUAGGCGGGCAG